AUGGCGGCGCUCGAUAUCCCCAGCCUCAUCCGAUCCGGCGCCGUCUGCACCUCCUGGCACGACGCCUACUCCACCUUCCGCGCCCUCCGCUGCCGGUCGCCCAAGCAGGCCCCGUGCCUGCUGUACGCCUGCGACGAGUACGGACCCAACCACGCCGCCCUGUACUGCCCUUCCACCAACACUACCUUCCGCGUCCCCUUCCGGCACCACGGUAGGGGACGCUUCCUCUCCUCAAACGGUUGGGUGUUCGCCACCGACGAGGUCGCCGACCCGUACCUCCUCAACCCCGUCACCGGCGACCAGGCCAUGCUCCCGCCAGUGAAGACAAUACCAUGCAUAGAGAUCUCCUUGGACGACAAUGGUAACCCCUAUGAAGAAUAUAAACCCUCCGAAGAAGACAUCGAGUGGGCGAGGGAUAACGCGUAUUGGAGGGUGGCCAUCUCCGCCGCGGGCGACGAUGCGGCGGCAACAUGCACUGUCCUGGUAGUGCACCUGCCACGCCAUAUGCUGUCCUUUGCCAAGCCGGGCGACGAGCGGUGGACAUUGCUGUCCCGUGAUCUAUGGUUGGACGAUGUCCAUUACAACGACAGCAAUGGAUUGUUUUAUGGCCUGCGUUUCGAUGGCUCUGUUUAUGUUUUUGAUCUCGCGCGGCGAGACUUCACCGGUCGUGACAAAGAUCAUGCGUGGGGUAACAACACUUAG